ACACUAUGUUCAAGAAGGCGGUGGAAGCGAAAUCUCACCAGAGGUUAUCCGGCGCCGACAGAAAGAAGCUCAGGCGAACCGUUAAGGAUAAAUUCCCAAGAGUUUCUGAUUCCGACUUAGAUGCCUUACUUCCUCCCAAGGCUGAGAUAACAGUGGCAAAGUUUCCGAAUCGAGUACUUGUAUAUGGUGUGGAGGGAGGAUUUCCAAUGUUUUUCGAUGUUGAUGGGCGUGGCUCGGAAAUUUUCCCAACUGUUUAUGCUCUAUGGACAGUCCCUGAGCUUCUGCCUGCUUUCAUGCUGAAGGGUGGCGAAGUUUCUCGGUUUGUUAUAGGUGGAGCAGACUUGAUGUUCCCAGGCAUAAGUGUGCCUCCUGAAGGUCUUCCAUCAUUUGCGGCAGGGGAACCAUGGGCAGUGAAAGUACCAGGAAAUCCUGCUCCAAUAGCUGUUGGGAGUACCACAAUGAGCAGCACUGAAGCAUUAAAAGCUGGAUUACGUGGAAAGGCGUUAAGAAUAACUCAUUAUUAUCGUGAUUUGCUAUGGGAGUCAGUUGAGGGCUGUUAUGUGCCCAAUGCAGGUUUUUUUGAAGAUGCUGUAUUUGAGGAUCCUGCGUCAUUAUCACCCCCUCAGAAUUCUGAUUCUACUGAGGAUGCUUGUGAGACGUCAAAUGAUCAAGAGAACAACAUCAAGAAUAUUGAAGAGCAGUCUGUCGAUGCAAAUGAGUUGCAAGCUGAUUCCAGCGCUGCAUUGACGACACCCAAUGCUGAUGAGAAUGAAACUGCAACUGAAAUAACUGCGGGCAUGUCUGAGCUGAAGCUACCGGAUUCUGGUUCUGCUAAUGACCUAAAUGAGCAACAUAAUCUAUCAACUGAAGAGAUAGAUUUGCUGUUAGAUAAAUGCCUUCUACAAGCAUUGCAUACCACUGUGAAGGACAAAGACCUUCCCAUUCCUGGAAGCACUUUAUGGUCGAACCACGUGUUGCCAUGUAGGCCUUCAGGAGUGACUUUAGACAUCAAGAAAUCGUCCUACAAAAAGUUAUCAAAGUGGUUACAAGCAAAAUCCUCCUCUGGCUUGAUAUCAGUGAAAGAAGAUAAAUACAAAAAAGAAGUCAUGUUACUUUCUGUAAAUCGAAACCAUGCUGAUUAUUCAUCCUUUAAGCCAGAGAAAAGGCCUGUGGAGAAAAGCGACCAGCCCAACGUUCAAUCUGCCAAGGAAACUCGUUCAUCUAAAACUCUUGAAGUGGCUGAAAUCUACAAGCCAAGUGUACAUGUCAAUCCCAUAUUUUCAUCUGUAGGAGCUGAUACAGGAAAGCUUUUUAGUGCUUCUGAAGCUUCUGAAAUUGUCUUCAAAUACAUUGAAAAGGAAAAUCUCGUAAAGCCUACAGAUAAAUCAAUGGUUGUUCUAGAUGUGGUAUUGUGCGAUGCAUUGUUCAAGGGGGCUAUUAAAAAGGGUUCAACGUAUCCUACAGAAGUUCACAAGAAAGAUAUAGGGCCAACAUUUGUGAGCCGUAUGCAGCCUCACCAUGUUGUGACGAGGGGAAAUGAAUCUGUAGUACGUAAAGGCGCCCUUAAAACAAUUCAGCUAGUGACGGAACGGCGGCAAGGUAACAAGAAGGUAACCAAACUCUCUGGUAUGGAAACUUUUCUUAUAGAUGCUGAAGCAUUAGCAUCAGAGCUACAGAAGAAGUUUGCUUGCAGUACCACUGUCGGAGAACUACCAGGUAAGAAAGGGCAAGAAGUUUUGGUUCAAGGUGGAGUAAUUGAUGAUUUGGCAAAGCAUUUGAUUGAACAAUAUGGAGUUCCAAAAAGAUACAUAGAAGUUCUUGAUAAAACAAAGAAAUGAACUUGACAUAAAGUGGCUGUUUGUAACACCCCAUUUAGUGUUUUUGCGUAGAUGUUGAGAGUUCUAUGAACUUUUGUACUAUUUGGUACCCCGUAAUUAAUAGAAAUAGAAAUGUGAUAAUGGUUCUAUGUUUCAUUCCAGAAAAAGUUUGUCAUUUUAAAAAGUUUUCUUAAAUUCUGAAUGGGAAUGAUGAUCAUUCAGAUCAAUAAGGUCAACACUUUUUCAU